AGAAGAAGCAAAGAUGGCGGCGCGCUGGAGCAGCGAGAAUGUGGUGGUGGAGUUCAGGGACGCACAGGCCACCGCCAUGUCUGUCAACUGUCUGGGCUCCCAUGCUGUGCUGUCAGGGAGACGUUUUCUCUACAUGGUGAACCUCGAGUCUCCGUCUGAGUCUCCGAAAAAGAUUGGACGCCACAGCAAGUGGGACGUUGGGACGGUGCAGUGGAACCCGCACCGCGCCGAGGCUCACGUGUUCGCCGCUUCUAGUAACCAGCGUGUGGACCUGUACUCGUGGAAGGACGGCUGUGGAGACGCUCACACGUCCCUGCAGGGACACACCCGGGUCAUCAGCGAUCUGAACUGGUCCUGGUUCGAGGCGGAGCUCCUGGUGACCAGCUCGGUGGACACCUACAUCUACAUCUGGGACACUCGAGACACCCGUAAACCCACGGUGGCGCUGUCCGCAGUCGCCGGAGCCUCGCAGGUCAAGUGGAACCGCAAGAACCCGAACCUGCUGGCGUCCAGCCACGACGGGGACGUCCGCGUGUGGGACAGACGGAAGCCCAGCACAGCGGCUGAAUACGUCGCUGCUCAUCUCUCAAAGAUUCACGGCCUCGACUGGCAUCCAGAGAACGAGUUCAUCUUCGCAACAUCGAGUCAGGACAACUCAGUCCGGUUCUGGGAUUACCGGCAGCCCAGAAAGUACCUGAACAUCCUGUCCUGUCAGGUCCCGGUGUGGAAGGCUCGCUACACGCCCUUCAGUAACGGCCUGGUGACCGUCAUGGUUCCUCAGCUGCGGCGGGAGAACAGCCUGCUGCUGUGGAACACUCAGGACCUCAACAGUCCGGUCCACGCCUUCGUCGGCCACGACGACGUGGUUCUGGAGUUCCAGUGGCGGCCGCAGAAAGAAGGCUCCAAGGACUUCCAGCUGGUCACAUGGUCUCGAGAUCAGACUCUGAGGAUCUGGAGGGUCGAUCCUCAGCUGCAGAAGCUCUGCGUCUCAGACGUGGUGGAGGACCUGAUGGACGGACUGUCCCUGGCCGUGGAGUCAGAGAAGUCUCUGUUGUCUCCGGAGCCGGAGGGACAGACGGGGACGGGGCCUUCGGCGGACCUGCUGCAGGAUCUGGAACCCUCUCUGGGCUCGGCAGGUCUUCAGGACCCUGCAGCAGGUUCUGGUCUGGCUCAAACCCUGCAGCAGGAGUUCUCCCUGGUCAACCUGCAGAUCAGGAACGUCAACGUAGAGAUGGACGCCCUGAACCACAGCUGCGUUGUCUCCGCCCACUUCGGCCCCCAUCAGGUUCAGCUGGUGGUCAAGUUCCCCGCCCAGUACCCCAACAACGCCCCGCCCACCUUCCAGUUCGUCUCCCCGACGACCAUCCCGUCCGCCAUGAAGACCAAGAUCCAGAAGACCCUCAGGGACACGUCUCUGCAGAAGGUGAAGAGAAACCAGAACUGCCUGGAACCGUGUGUCCGGCAGCUAGUGUCCUGCCUGGAGUCUGACAUGACUCAGGAGGAGAGUCCGGCCUCGGGGCCCUUCGUGCUCUCCAACCCAGUGGCUCCGGCCCUGCAGGCCUUUCCCCGGGUCACCAACACCUACGGCUCCUACCAGGAUGCUAACAUUCCGUUCCCGCGGACGUCUGGCGCUCGGUUCUGUGGCACCGGCUGUUUGGUCUACUUCACUCGACCAAUCACCAUGCACCGCUCGGCCCCGCCCACCGAGCCCACACCUAGGUCCCUGUCGGCGCUCUCGGCCUAUCACAGCGGAGUUCUGACACCCAUGAAGAUGCGUUCCGAGUCUCAGAGCACUUUACGUCUGUACAGCGGCAGCCCCACCCGCUCCGACAAGGACACCGUGUCCAUCUCCUCCUUCUACUACAAGGAGAGGAAGCUUCCAAUCUCUGCCUGCCGCCGCUGGUCCGUCCAAACGCUUCACGAUUGGCCGAAAUCGCGCCGCUUCAAGACGAAGCGGGACGGCUCGGACUUCGGGAAUCGUCCCAUCAAACUGGCGGGAAAAGUCAUCAUCCAGGAGACGUCCUGCCUGCUGCCCGUCCACAAGAGUCUGGGGGACGGAUACAUUCUCAAUGUGAAGGACGUCCAGGAGACGUGUCAGAAGAACGGAGCGGCUGCUCUGGCGGCGGGACGGCGAGACGUGGCCAAGGUGUGGGCUCUGGCCUCUGCAGCCACCAGUGAGGACCUGAGUCCAGAUCCAGACCCGGACACCGAGACUCCGUGGGCCAGACAUCCGUUUGGACGCCACCUGCUGGAGACUCUGUUGGACCACUACAGUCAGAUGAGUGACGUCCAGACGCUGGCCAUGCUGUGCAGCGUGUUCAGGUCUCAGGCUCCGCCCCCUGACUGCUGCCUGCCGCCCCGGCCCGCCGUCUUCCCUCCGCCCCACUCCCGAUAUCCCAGCUACACCUCCAGCUCCGUCACCUCGGGCUCGUCCACCACGUCGGACCCGGGUCCGUCCUCGUCCACGUGGACGGCAGGGCGGGAUUCAGAGCCGUGGGCGGAGUCUUCUCCGGACGACCAUCGCCACGGCAACCAGGCGUACGCCGACCCCCGGGAGCGCGAGCGAGACCAACACGACAUGAACAAAAGGCUGCUGGAUCCCACCAACACGCUGCAGUUCGACGAAUUCAAGAAGUGCUACGGCGAGAUCCUGUACCGCUGGGGCCUGCGGGACAAGAGGGCCGACGUGCUCAAGUUCGCCUCCUGUCCGCCGGAGCCGCACAAAGGCAUCGAGUUCGGCCUGUACUGCUGCCACUGCCGCAGCCAGGCCCGCGGCACGCAGUGCGCCGUCUGCAAGCGCCUCACCUUCCAGUGCGCCGUGUGCCACGUGGCCGUCCGCGGCUCGUCCAACUUCUGCCUCAGCUGCGGACACGGGGGACACACGGGACACAUGAUGGACUGGUUCAGGAGACAGGACGAGUGCCCGACCGGCUGCGGCUGCCACUGCCUGCUGCAGAGCACCUUCUGAGGACGGACCCAACACGCCCGGGGACAGGGCGGCACCGGGGACGCUCUGCGGGUCAAAACGAACACGCCCGGGGACAGGGCGGCACCGGGGACGCUCUGCGGGUCAAAACGAACAUGCCCGGGGACAGGGCGGCACCGGGGACGCUGUGCUGGACAGAACGAACACGCCCGGGGACAGGGCGGCACCGGGGACGCUCUGCGGGUCAAAACGAACACGCCCGGGGACAGGGCGGCACCGGGGACGCUGUGCUGGACAAAACGAACACGCCCGGGGACAGGGCGGCACCGGGGACGCUGUGCUGGACAAAACGAACACGCCCGGGGACAGGGCGGCACCGGGGACG